GGAGUACAGUAUAUAAUGACAACCGGCGCUUCAGCUUUCACACACAGUAAAACUCUCAUCAUGACACAGAUAGCUUAUACUUUGUUGGCUUUCAACCUCUGCUUCAUCUUAACAGCUCAAGUAGUAGAGAGUCAACAUGUCCCAAAGACCUGUCAGUGUCCACAAGUCCAAAAACGAGUCCGGGGGCCAUUUUCAGACUUGAGAGUAACACCAAAAGGACCGAGCUGCUUACAGAAUGAAAUCAUAGUCACACUGAAGAAGACCAAUAAACCCGUAUGUCUCAGUCCGGAGGGUCCCCAAGGCAAAAGACUGAUUAAAUGUUGGCACAGGACGCAAAAGGCUGGCAUAAACCACAAAAUAUGCUUACGGCCAAGGCAAACAAAGGGGAAGCAGGUUAAAUCUAAGAAGGUCAAGUCUUAACCUCACUGAGAAUAUAUGAAGUCAAACCAAUUUUACAAGCAAUCCCCAGAAGAGAAAGCUCUUCAAAGUCAGUGCAAAUGCUGUGGUGCUGCUCUACUCUUAUAUACACCAAACAAGCCAAGAAAAUAAGAAAAGGCAGAUUCAGACGCGUACACAUGUGUUUAGAGGGCAAAGGGACAGUAUUUAAAGAAGACAUGUUACAACAAGGGUAACAUUAAACCUUGUCAUGUUAGACAUGGAUGAGUUAAACCCUGCUAUGCAGGUCUAAUGUAUACUGGACAGUUGAAGAUGCUAUGUUUAUAUUAAAUAUAUAUACACUCAAGUUUUUUUAUUUAUUUAUUUACUCACAAACUACACACUUCUUGAGACUUCAUUGGGACAACUAAAUUUUUUUAUGUUCAAUUUGUUAAAAGUGUUAAGUUAAAUUAAUCAAUUUGUGUUGGAACAACAUGAAUGAAUUGUGUUUAACCCAACACUUUUUUUACAGUGUAUUCAGAGAUUAUGUGAGAACAAAUAUUUUAGUUUUAGGUGUAAAAUUAACUAAUAUAAUAAAAUAUGAACUUCCAAAAGGGGAAGCGUGUCUGUGUGUCUGAUUUUUUCUUUUCUUUUAUUUCAGUGCUAGAAAUGUUAUGGAAAAUAUAAGCUUGCAAGGGAUCUACAGUGCUCAGAUUAAUUAAGUAUAGCCCAU